GGCACGUCCCUUGAACCCCGGCUGCUGCUUGGAAACGACUCCAGAAGCAGCUCAAACUGCCGCCACCAGUGCUGGAGAAACCCCCUUCUCCUCCGGCAACGUCCGCCCCCAUCUCCGCUCCUUUAUCCACCAUCGAGACGGCAGCAUGUUGAGGCAGACAUUGGCCCGUUCGGCCUGGCGGACCGGCGGCCACCCUGCCCGCGCGGCCAGCCGGGCCUUUUCGGCGACAACUCAGAGACCGGCCGAGGUCGAGCUCACAAUCGAUGGGAAGAAGGUCUCGAUUGAAGCCGGGUCUGCCUUGAUCCAAGCGUGCGAGAAGGCUGGCGUCACCAUCCCGAGAUUCUGCUACCAUGAGAAACUCAUGAUCGCCGGCAACUGCCGUAUGUGCCUCGUCGAAGUCGAGCGGUCACCCAAGCCGGUCGCGUCGUGCGCAUGGCCCGUACAAGCCGGCAUGGUCGUGAAGACCAACUCUCCCUUAACACAUAAGGCGCGGGAAGGCGUUAUGGAAUUCCUCCUGGCAAACCACCCGCUCGACUGCCCCAUCUGCGACCAGGGUGGUGAAUGCGAUCUUCAGGACCAGUCAAUGCGGUAUGGCGCCGACCGUGGCCGGUUCCACGAGAUCGGCGGGAAGCGUGCCGUGGAGGACAAGAAUAUCGGCCCGCUCAUCAAGACAUCCAUGAAUCGGUGUAUCCACUGCACGAGGUGCGUCCGGUUCGCCAACGAUAUCGCCGGCGCUCCCGAGCUGGGCUCUACCGGCCGCGGCAACGACCUCCAGAUCGGCACCUACCUUGAGAAAAAUCUGGACUCGGAACUCUCCGGCAACGUCAUCGACCUCUGCCCCGUCGGAGCUCUGACUUCCAAGCCGUAUGCUUUCCGCGCCCGUCCUUGGGAGCUAAAACGUACCGAGUCCAUUGACGUUCUGGACGGUCUCGGCUCGAAUAUCCGCGUGGACUCGCGCGGCCUUGAGGUUAUGCGCAUCCUUCCCCGGCUCAACGACGACGUCAACGAGGAGUGGAUUAACGACAAGACCCGGUUUGCGUGUGACGGUCUUAAGACGCAGAGACUUACGAUCCCCCUGGUGCGCAGGGAAGGAAAGUUCGAACCUGCGACGUGGGAGCAGGCCCUCACCGAGAUUGCUCACGCGUACCGGACCCUCGAGCCCAAGGAGAAUGAGUUCAAGGCGAUCGCAGGCCAGCUCACCGAGGUCGAGUCUUUGGUCGCCAUGAAGGAUCUGGCGAACAGGCUGGGUUCGGAGAACCUCGCGCUCGACAUGCCCGGCGGCAGCCAGCCGAUCGCCCACGGUAUCGAUGUGCGGUCCAACUACCUCUUCAACUCCCGCAUCUGGGGCAUCGAGUCGGCCGACUGCAUUCUCCUGGUGGGCACCAACCCGCGGCACGAGGCUGCCGUCCUGAACGCCCGCAUUCGCAAGCAAUGGCUGCGGUCAGACCUCGAGAUCGGUGUCGUUGGCCAGACCUGGGAGUCCACCUUCGAGUUCGAGCACCUCGGCACCGACCUGGCUGCCCUCAAGGCGGCCCUGGCCGGCCCCUUCGGCAAGAAGCUCCAGGCGGCCAAGCGGCCCAUGAUCAUUGUGGGCUCGGGCGUCACGGAGCAUCCCGACGCCAAGGCGUUCUACGAGACCGUCGGCCAGUUCGUCGACAAGAACGCCGCCAACUUCCUCACGGAGGAGUGGAACGGCUACAACGUCCUGCAGCGGGCUGCGUCCCGCGCGGGUGCGUUCGAGGUCGGCUUCGUGACGCCCUCCGCCGCCGUCGCCGAGACCAAGCCCAAGUUCAUCUGGCUGCUGGGCGCCGACGAGUUCGACGAGGCCGACGUGCCCAAGGACGCCUUCAUCGUCUACCAGGGCCACCACGGCGACCGCGGCGCCCAGAUCGCCGACGUCAUCCUGCCCGGCGCCGCCUACACCGAGAAGGCCGGCACGUACAUCAACACGGAGGGCCGCGUGCAGAUGACGCGCGCCGCGACCGGCCUGCCGGGGGCCGCCCGCACCGACUGGAAGAUCAUCCGCGCGGCGAGCGAGUUCCUCGGCGCUCCGCUGCCCUACGACGACGUCGCCCAGCUGCGCGACCGCAUGGUCGAGAUCAGCCCGGCCCUAGCCGCCUACGACGUCGUCGAGCCCGUCGCCCUCAAGCAGCUCAGCAAGGUCCAGCUGGUCGACCAGAACAAGGGCGCCAAGCCGACCGGCGCGCCGCUGCGCCAUGUCAUUGAGAACUUUUACUUUACCGAUGUCAUUUCGAGGAGCUCCCCCACAAUGGCGCGCUGCUCGGCCGCCAAGGCGACGGGGCGACCCGCGCACCAACUUCAUGGCGCCCGGCAUGGAGGAGGACAGGCCGAUGGGGCAGGUCGCGUAUGGGGCGUAGUUAGAGAAAAAAGAAAAAGAAAAUAUGAAAGAAAGGAGAGAUAUACAGGUGGUUUUUCCUUUGUGUUGUGCUGUUGUUGUUGCGGGUGGUGGCCGUCGGUUGUUGAUGGUGUUGUAAGAAGGGCAGUUAGACACACUACCGUACCUACCUACCUACCAACCUGUUCAUAACUCACGCCGUCCUGUGCCGCGGACCUAGCCGCCCUGCCCUGUUGGUGCUGCCCAUGGGUGCUUAGAUGCCCUGCAUUCCUGGUGUACGGUUCGGUUCAGUUCGGUUCACCUGGGUC